ACAGCGAGGCGCGUGAGGCGAGAAGACACGGGGGAGAAGAACUGCGCGUGUUUUCGGGCUAAAAGCGUGUUAGAUCGGUGUAAUAGCGGAGUAUUGCUCUGUUUGGGAUUUUUUCGGGCUAAAGGAAACUUUAGCCGCUCGGCUUCGCUCAUUCAUUCACGCAGCAGCUGUAGCACGUUUCGAGAGGGGGAGGCAGCCUGCGAACAGCAGCCUGCUAACAAAGGAAGCGCAGAAACCCGGCUGUCUCGCCUCGCUCGUUCUGUUGCCUUCUAACAUUUAAGGUCACUCCAUAACCCUUACAGACCAGCGACGAGAUGGCCGACAUGUACAUUCGCGUGGCCGAGGAGGAGAACGAAGAGCCGAUGGAGAUCCCGACUGAGGACGACGGCACCGUGCUGUUGUCGACGGUGGCGGCGCAGUUCCCGGGCGCGUGCGGCCUGCGCUACCGAAGCCCCAUCUCUCAGUGCAUGCGCGGCGUGCGCCUGGUGGAAGGAGUGCUGCACGCGCCAGAGAAUGGCUGGGGCAACCUCAUCUUCGUCGUGAAUUACCCUAAAGAUUGCACUGUUCUUGGAUUUCCAGAAUCUGCGGACAACAAGCGCAAAAUGGACGAGAUAGACGCCUCGUCUGCAAAGAUGAAGAGAGGAGACCAGAAGACAUCGGAUCUCAUCGUGUUGGGCUUGCCAUGGAAAACUACCGAACAGGACCUGAAAGAGUACUUCAGUACCUUCGGUGAUGUAAUCAUGGUGCAGGUGAAACGGGAUGCAAAGACUGGAAAUUCAAAGGGAUUCGGAUUUGUUCGAUUUACUGACUGGGAGACCCAGGGUAAAGUGAUAACCCAGCGGCACAUGAUUGAUGGAAGGUGGUGUGACUGCAAGCUGCCCAACUCAAAGCAAGGUCCUGAUGAGCCUAUGAGGAGCAGGAAAGUGUUUGUAGGCCGCUGCACUGAGGACAUGACCUCUGACGAUCUGCGUCAAUUCUUCAUGCAGUAUGGCGAAGUCACGGAUGUCUUCAUCCCCAAACCUUUCCGAGCUUUUGCGUUUGUUACUUUUGCUGACGACCAGAUUGCUGCUUCUCUGUGUGGGGAGGACCUAAUAAUCAAGGGAGUAAGUGUGCAUAUAUCCAACGCUGAACCCAAGCACAGUGGCAGAGGGCACAUGAUGGAUCGGGCUCGCUACGGGAACGGGUUCGGUGCCCAAGCUUUUGGAAGCAGCAGCCGCACCAGCUCCAGCAGCCUGGGAAACUUCAGCAACUUCAACCUGAACCCAGCCAUGAUGGCGGCUGCUCAGGCCGCCCUGCAAAGUAGCUGGGGAAUGAUGGGGAUGUUGGCGCAGCAGGGUCAAUCAGCUACUCCUGGCUCGAGCGCCAGCGGAGCCAGUUCAGCACGAGACCAGACGCAGUACAGCACAGGAAACAGCAACUACAGCAGCAGCUCAGCUGCACUCGGCUGGGGCGCAGGCUCUAAUGCCGCUGGUAGCGGCAGCGGGUUUAACUCUAGCUUUGGCUCCAGUAUGGAGUCUAAAUCUACAGGGUGGGGGAUGUAAAGUGGUGGGGUUUGCUUUUGAAGUGUUGGUAUUUUUAGUGUGUGUGUUUGGUAAGUAUUUUCCGAAAGACUUAACUCUUUUUGUGCAUUGUGGGAGUGGGAGCAGGAGCAAAUGGGGAGUUUGGGGAGAUCAUAAUGUUUUUCUACAUUUAAACAAGAUGUCAAAUAAGAUUACACCACAAUCAUCUAUGUAAUUUAUUCCCCUCUUCUUUAUGCUGUAUUGGUUAAUUAAUUUGGGUUCGGGAGGAAAAUUUCAACUGGAUUCCUAAAAUGCAUUCAGUUUACUCAGUGGUCAGAGAAACUUGCAUGUUUUACUGACCACCAAAUUUGUACCUCUUUAAAUCUUGCAUUGGGAAGAAUCUGGUUGAAACAAGUCGUUUUUUUUUUUUUUUUUGAAGAACAUGUAUUAUUUGCAUCAAGAUAACUUUAAAAGCCUUCAUCAAAAUCUCUUCUGCAGUUGCCAUCUGUGGGUUUUGCCUGGGAAGAAGGCCCUCUGUGGCAGCACUGCGGCUGAGAUCAUAAUCCCAUCUUCCUCAUGUCUAAAAGCUCUCGUCACUCGGCUCGCUGACACGGUGGGUGUCCUUUUUUUUUUUUUUUUUUUUUUUGUCAGCAUAUUUUUCUGAUUUUCACAAGAACUGUACAGAAAACGUGAACUUUUUUAACAACUGUUGAGUGCGCUUGGUGGUGGCGAAGAGUGAGCGAACAGAGAGAAAGGAAGGCAUGGGAGCGAGCGAGCGAAAAAGACUGAUGCGAGUGCGAUGAAAGAGCUGAUAUGUUGACUGGGUGGCUUUUGUGAGCGAGUGAAUGAGAGCUUGUUGACACUUCCCAGCCUCACCUAUACACAAUCCUGAACAGAUGGACAAUUAGCUUACUUGUACCUAAAGAAUCACAUUUUCCCUCCUAGGCUUCCCAUUUUGCUUUUCUCCCAUCAAAUACUGACAAUGUAUUUAAAUAGCUAGUGGAAUGUUGUGAUGAGUGUUUUUUUUUUUUUGUUUUAUUUUUUUGCUUCUUGCUUCUAUAAAACUGAUCUGAAUGCUGUAUGGUGUGUGUGCUUUUCCUUGUGAUUUGACCUGUAAGUGUGAACUUGUGGAUGACAUCUUCAGUGGCCACUGAGGGGGUGGGAGAACGAGUGAUUGUGUAAGUGAGACCUGUAUGUUGAGUGAUGUGGAUGUCUGUGGAAUGAAAUUAUUCUAGAUAACAUUUGCUUAAUGUUUUCAAAAAAUAUUUUAUAUGGCUUGUGAAAAGAAGGGUGUGAUCCAAUAAAACUUAAUUUGAAUCAGUUUUUUA